AUGCUAUACUGGGGAGAUGAUAAAGAUGCAGAAACAUGCAAAGUAUGUCAUACUUCAAGAUGGAAACAACCAAACGGGAAGAAUGGUGGUGAUGUGCGUUGUGGUAGCAAGUUUAAAAAGAAACCUUCUAAAGUGUUGCGUUACUUCCCUCUUAAGCCUAGGUUGCAACGGUUGUUUAUGUCUUCUAAAACUGCUGAGAAUAUGAGAUGGCAUGCUAUGGAUAGUAACAGAGAUGGGUUGAUGCGACAUCCUAGAGACUCUGAAUCAUGGAAGCGAUUUAAUGAAGUCCAUGUAGAAUUUGCUGCUGACCCACGAAAUGUUAGACUUGGGUUAGCUGCGGAUGGUUUCAAUCCAUUUGGACAUCAAAGUUCUACUCAUAGCACUUGGCCUGUGAUUUUAAUUCCUUAUAAUUUGCCUCCAUGGAUAUGUAUGAAACAAACCUCAUUUAUUUUGUCUAUGAUUAUUCCUGGGAAAAAGAUGCCAGGGAAUGAUAUAGAUAUUUACAUGCAAUCAUUGAUUAAAGAGUUAAAUGAGUUGUGGAGUUUUGGAAUAGAAACAUUUGAUGCUUCACAGGGGCUAGCAUGCCCCUCAUGCAACUUUGAUUUUUUGCCAAAUCGCCUUCCACAUAGUAGGAAGUGGUGUUUUAUGGGUCAUCGUCGGUUCUUAGGGUCUUCUCAUCGGUAUAGACAUCACAACUCUAAAUUUGAUGGAACCAAAGAUUUGAGAAGUCCGCCAAAGAUGUUGUCAGGUUCAGAUGUUUUGAAUCAGCUUGCAGAUAUCAAUAUUACAUUUGGGAAAAACCUAGAAAUGACUGAGAAGGGGAAAAGAUCACGAGUGAGAAGAGUUGAAGAUGGUGAUACGCAACAAUGGAAGAAGAGAAGUAUAUUUUUCCAACUCCCUUAUUGGGAAUUCAAUUUGUUGCGCCACAACCUUGAUGUCAUGCAUAUUGAAAAAAAUGUUUUUGACAAUGUGUUGUUUACUUUGCUAAAUGACUCUGCAAGAUCAAAAGAUAAUCUAAAUGCUCGAAUGGAUUUAGUGUCAAUGGGUAUAAGAGAUGACCUUUGGCCUAAUGAAAAUGGAAAAUACUCUCCAAGUUGUUUUACAAUGACAAAUAUAGAAAAAGAUGUAUUUCUUGCAACACUAAAGAGUGUAUUACUGCCAGAUGGUUACUCAAGUAAUAUUUCAAGAUGUGUUGAUUUGAAGAAUCGCAAGAUACAUGGAUUGAAAAGUCAUGAUUGUCACAUUCUUAUGGAACAUCUAUUGCCAAUUGCCAUACGUAAUCUAUUACCAGAUCAAGUUUGUAUGGUUUUGGUAGAAUUGGGUUCUUUUUUCAGACAAAUAUGUAGUAGAGUAUUAAAUGUCAAAGAGCUUGAUAACCUUCAAAGUCGACUUGUGCUAACAUUAUGCCAUAUGGAAAUGAUAUUUCCACCAUCAUUUUUCACAGUAAUGGUGCAUUUAGUUGUUCAUCUUGUUGAUGAGGUUAAGCUUGGAGGUCCUGUUCCAUACCGAUGGAUGUACAGCAUUGAGAGGCACUUAGGACAUUUAAAGUCUUUUGUACGCAACCGAGCAAACCCAGAAGGUUCAAUAGCUGAAGGUUAUAUUGCUGAAGAAUCAAUAUCUUCAAACAAAUUGGUCGACCAGUAG